UGUUCAAAAGAAAAACUCCUCGUCUGGGCUUGUCGUUCUCCAAGUUCAAAACUUUGAACGUUUUUGAUGCCAUCGGAACUCUAGAUUCUAAGAAUCUGAAUCGUAGAAAAAAAAUAUUUACUUGUUAUUGUUUGGGUUUCAUCGGGAGAAGGAGAAAGUUAAGGUUUUUGUGUGUGUGUUUGAUUCACAUCUGCAGUGAUCGAUGGAUUAUAACUCAGGUCGUGGUUAUGGUGAUGACUCUUACCAUCGUCAGCUACAAGAGGAACAGCUACCACCGUCUGAUUAUGUAGUGGAGACUGUUGAUGACCGGAGUAACGGUGGUGCAUCAGCUGUGGAUACUGGUGGGAUGCAGAUGAAGCAAUCUAGUGACCAUCGCCACUCUUCUUCGUCCAUGUGUUCUCCUGGGAAACUAUUCGUGGGAGGAGUUUCUUGGGAAACAACUGAAGAAAAUUUUGGGAAGUACUUUGAGAAGUUUGGAGAAGUUGUGGACUCUGUGAUCAUGAGAGAUAGAAUGACUGGGAAGCCAAGGGGGUUUGGGUUUGUGACUUUUGCUGAUUCAGCUGUUGCAGAGAAAGUUUUGGAGGAAGAAGAGCAUGUAAUAGAUGACCGCAAGGUUGACCUGAAAAGGACAGUUCCUAGAGGGGACAGGGAUACCGAUAUCAAACCGGUAUCAAAAACUAGGAAAAUCUUUGUUGGUGGUCUUCCACCAUUUUUGGAAGAAGAUGAACUGAAGAAGUAUUUCUGUGUAUAUGGUGACAUAAUUGAGCAUCAGAUCGUGUACGACCACCACACUGGAAGGUCAAGAGGGUUCGGUUUUGUAACCUUUCUGGCUGAAGAUUCUGUGGACAGACUUUUCUCUGAUGGUAAAGUCCAUGAGCUUGGUGACAAACAGGUCGAUAUAAAAAGGGCUGAACCAAAGAGAGCCGGGAGAGAUAACAGUUUUCGCUCCUAUGGCGCUAGUGGCAAGUAUGAUCAGGAAGAUUGUUAUGGUGGGAAUGCAAAUGAAGAUUACAAUAUGUAUGGUGGUUAUGGCGGUUAUGGAGGCUACGCUGGGAACUCCAUGGUUAAUGCCGCUGGAUUUUAUGGUUACGGUGGUGGGUAUGGUUAUGGCUAUGGUUAUGGCUAUGGAGGCCAAAUGUUUAACCCUGGCUAUGGAGCUGGCGGUUAUAGCCAUAUGGGUGGUGGCUAUGGUGUUGCUGCGGCAGCUGCUUAUGGAGGUGGAAGAGCUCACGGAGACGGCAACAGUGGCUCGAGCAGUGGCAAAGGAAAUGGGACCAAUGGUUUAGGGCCGGGUCGAUACCAUCCUUAUCAGAAGUAAGAACUUCAGGCUGUUGCAUAGACUUUGUAAAAAGACUUCUUUUUGUUUUGUGUUCGUUUUAGUUUUUAAGGAACAGUUAAGACUUAAGAGAUAGAUUGGUAUACGUAACCAAUUCUUCACAUUCAACUGCUGUGAGGGGGGACCUGCUUGAUGCUAAGUAUGUUUUAUGACAAAAGGUGUUGAACAUUAUAGUUGGUAUUGAAGAUUAUUUCAUAAA